AUGUCACCAGCACCACUUGCCAACGUCGGCGAGCGACUGCUCCCAUCCCUCGUGGACGAGAUUGCAGCAUCCGACCCGGAUCGCAUAUUCUACUCCAUAGCGAAGACGAGGGAUCCUGCCGAUGGCUUCCAGGAUAUCAGCGCAAAGACCUUUGCUCGGGCGGUUGACCGUUGCGCCUGGUACCUGGAGAAGAAUCUGGGACGAGGCCAGGGCUUCCCCACGCUCACCUAUAUGGGACCGCAAGAUGUCGUCUAUGGAAUUCUGACACUUGCUUGCAUCAAGACCGGCUACGCGCUUCUCCUCAACUCUCCCCGCAACACGCUUGACGCGCACCUUUCUCUGUUCGAGAAGACCGACUGCAAUACCUUCUUGCUCCCGCCAAACUUCCCCUUGCCAGUCGUCAAGCAGAUUCUACACGCCCGGCCCAUGCGGGUGCUUGAGAUCGCCGGCAUGAACGGGUGGAUCGGGGACGGACCGGAGGAGCCGUAUCCGUACACCAAGACCUUCGCCGAAGCGAGAUCCGAUCCCUUCGUGGUUCUGCACACGUCUGGCUCGACAGGCAUGCCAAAGCCGAUUAUCCAGACCCAUGCGACUGUAUCACCACUCGACGCAUUUACGGCUUUACCGUCGCUAGGACACAAGGAGACCUACCCUGCACUGUGCGCCGGCACCCGGGUGUAUCUCGCGUUCCCCCUUUUCCACUGUGCUGGUUCCUCCAUGCUUCUCCCAGGUGUCAUCUACAGCGGCUUCACGGCAGUGCUUGGUCCCUUCCCACCUUCGGCAGACACUGCCAAUGCCAUACACGUCCACGGCAAUGUGCAGCAUAGCUGCCUGGCUCCCAUGACGCUGGUCGAUCUUGCCAAGGAUCCCAAGCACCUGGAAAAUCUAAGCCGCCUGCAGCAGAUUACGUAUGGCGGAGGGCCCUGUCCCCAGGCAGUUGGCGAACUAAUCAGCAAGAAGACCAGGCUGGUGAACGUUCUCGGUACCACAGAAUGCGGCGUACUUCCCAUCCAACUGUGCGAUCCCGAAGACUGGGCAUACAUGAGCGUGAGUCCUUUGCUCGGGCAUGAGUAUCGACAUUUCUCAGAGGAUCUGUACGAGCAGGUUAUCGUACGAGACCCAAAACUCCAGCAAUACCAAGGAAUCUUCGGCACCUUUCCGGAGCUGGAGGAGUGGCCGAUGAAGGACCUGUACUCGAAGCAUCCGACAAAGGAGGAUGUCUGGUUGUACAGGGGGCGCGCCGACGACAUCAUCGUCUUCUCUACUGGCGAGAAGCUCAACCCAAUCGAGAUGGAGAACACCAUUGGCGAGAACCCGGCUGUCAGCGCUGCGCUCAUAUGUGGUCUCGGGCGCUUCCAGUCCAGUCUGCUGGUCGAGGCUGUCAAGCCACCCCAGAGCGAGGAGGAGAGAGAAGACCUUCUGGAUCGCAUUUGGCCAUCGGUCCAGGCCGCUAAUAAGCAGAGUCCGUCCCAUGGCCGGAUUCAUCGGAACAUGAUCACCUUCACCUCCGCAGACAAGCCCAUGCUCAGAGCUGGCAAAGGUACGGUACAGCGCAAGAUGACGCUGGACCUGUAUGAAGCGGAGCUUGGCGCUCUGUACACGGACAGUGAGGAGCCCGCGGAUCGCAAAGCGAAUGGCAUCAUCAACGGCACCACAGGCGGGCAUGGUAGUGUACAAGACACCGUCAAGGACAUCAUUGCCACAUCCACCGAGAUCGACGUGAACCAAGUUGCACCCGAUGUCAACCUCUUCGAGUUGGGACUCGAUUCCUUGCAAGUAACGCUCAUAUCCAGGAAGCUCAACAAAUUCUUGUCAGCAAAAGGAAUGCGACAGUCAUUAGAGGUCAGGACGGUAUACUCAAACCCCAGCAUUGCUGCGCUCGUCACCGUUGUGUCGACACUUGUCGAAGGAAAGACGCUUACACAGACUACGGAGAGCGACGAGCAGAAGAUGCAGAAGCUGUACGAUAUGCACGCGGCGAACCUACCAUUAACCGCGAGGAAGCCGCAGGGGAAGCAAUCAGACGACCUCGUUGUCUUGAUAACGGGCUCUACGGGCUCCCUGGGAUCGUAUAUUCUAGACUCAUUGGUCAGCAACUCCAAUGUCCGCAAGGUCUACUGCCUGAACCGCGGCACUAGCACCCUUGCGCGCCAACAGAAAUCUCAGGCUGCGAAGAGUCUCCAGCCACUCCCGUCGAAGGUCGAGUGUCUCGAUGCGGACCUGUCGAAACCGUACUUCGGCCUCUCGGCAUCCACAUACAGGAAGCUCCUGGGAGAAGUCACCAACGUCAUCCACAAUGCCUGGCAGGUCGACUUCAACCUAUCCAUCGACUCCUUCGCCAGCCAGGUCGCCACUGUCCGGCGCUUCAUCGACUUCUCGUCGCGCUCCAGCUUCGGCGCGCAGAUCUUCUUCAUCUCCAGCAUCAGCGCCAUCGCCAACUGGCGUGCCGCCGACGCCUCAGCCGAGCAGGUCCUCGAACAGAUUUACACGGACUGGCGCAUGCCGCAGCCCAUCGGCUACGGGGAGUCUAAGUUCGUCGCGGAACGUCUGCUCGACGCCGCAGCCAGGGAAGCCGAUGUCCCGGCCGUGGUCUGUCGCGUGGGCCAGGUCGCGGGUCCGACUACGGCGGCUGGCGUCUGGCCCAAGCAGGAGUGGCUGCCCAGCCUGAUCGCAAGCUCGAAGUACUUGGGUAAGAUACCGGCGUCUCUGGGCCAGAUGGACACGGUCGACUGGAUCCCGGUGGACGUGCUUUGCCGGAGCAUCGUCGAGCUCGCCGUCCAUUCGACGAGCGCUCGGGCCGCCAACGCCAGUCCCGGUGCCGUGGUCUACCAUGCCGCGAACCCGCAGCACAGCUCGUGGGCGGAAGUCCUGCCCACAGUCGUGCGGUCGCUCAAAAGCGCGAACGGAGUUGAGGUCGUACCACUACCGGUGUGGGUUGAUGCGCUGCGAGAGAGCGAGCCGAAGACCGAGGACGUAACGCAGAACCCGGCAAUCAAGAUCCUCGGGUUCUUCGACGGCUUGGUCGCCGACAGCGCAAGCCCGAUCCUGUUGGAUACCAAGGCGACUGUCGCUGCGUCGGAGAUGUUGGCCGGCCUAGGGCCGGUUGGGGACGCGUUGAUGGAGAACUGGAUGAGGCAAUGGGCAUUCUGA